AUGGCAGCCGCCGCCGCUCCCGACGUUCCAGAGUUUCACACGCAUGGUGGCGAAUACGUGCAACUGCCCGGUGAGGCAGACUUCGGGCCCGCCGAGUACCUAACUUGGUAUAUCGAGAGCCUGCUGGGCCGCAUUGCCUAUCUGCAAAGCGAGCUGGCUCGCCGCGAGGAACGGGAGGAGAAGCUACAAGAGCUUCUUCACGCGUCGGAACUCAUCAACGAGGAGUACAAGAUGCUUUAUCUGCGUGCGCGCCAGUUGGCCCUGCAUGCCGUGAACGAGGCGGAUGUUGCGCGGCACGGUUGUGUAUGUUUGGGGGGCGCGCACGGGCCACUGGAGAUAUGA